GAGAUUCUAAGCCAACAUAUAAACAAUGACCAUGGGUUGAGGUUUAGUCUAAACGUCAAGAAUUAACAAUUGAUACUAUUGUAUAAUAUACUAAAUUUAAGUGUGUUGAUAAAAAAAACUAACAUCCAAAAUGAAAAUGAGUCGAGAUUAGAUAAUUUUAUCAUCACGAGUGCUACAGUGUGUGUGUGUCAAGUUUCAAUAUGGUUGAAUAAAUUUAUCCAAUAAUGAAAGUAUCUUUACAACAUUGGUCGAGACUCGAGAGUUCGUCCAAACUCGAGGAUCAUGAAUGUGUAUUGGAUUUCGAAAUGAAAUAAAAUCCCAAUCCCUUUCGGGGGCUAAAUACCCAUGAUCACAACCAUAGGUUCCAAAGAGGAAUGAAAAGAAGCCCAAAGAAAGCAAACCCCCCCCCCCCCCCCCCCCCCCCUCCAAUACGAUGAACAGAAUAAAACCAUAUCGAGUUAUGAUCCUGUCAUCCCUAGCCUUUUAUUCUCCAUAAAGGAGGAUGUGGGAGAGGAUAAGAAAUAAAUAGUAGGAUCUAAGGAUUUGUCUUUUUAUAUAUUACAUAUCGAACGAUAGACAACCCCAAUGGUUGUCUGACGUUAUGGGGGUAAAAGCGAGAUCUCUAUCCCGGGGGUGGGGGAUAGGCAAGUAGCACUUUUAUUCUUUUAAUAUGAGUAUUUGGCGAGAUAGGAUAUAGGUCUGAUGAAGUAUCUGGAUAUUUUUUAGUCUACUAUAGAUACACACACACAUACAUAUAUAUAAUAUCAAGGGGUGAGUUCUACAGUACCUAGGGUGAAAUUCAGGGUACCACAUACCUUGAGUAUGAAAACGUUAUCAAAACCUUGAAUUGACUGAUCUUUCGGACAUGAUACUAUACUCCAACCCUUAGAGAUCAAAAUCUAUGUUUUAAUUCUCUAAAUCUUAUACCCCAAGAUCAAUUUAAUUAGAAACAAUGAUCGACGAUUAUGAUUCGUCCAAAUAUAGGCAAAAAUUGAAUGCACCAUCUUAGAGUUUAUAGUUUAUAAUUUUGAUAAUUAGGACCUAGGAUUCACUCAUUAAGGGUUAGAGUAUAUUAUUCGGCCCAAAAAUUCUGCUAAUUCGAGGUCUCGAUAGCGUUUUCAUACUUAAGGUAUGCGGUACCAAGAUUUCACCCGGGUAUCGUAGACACCCCCCAAUAUCAAGGUAUACUAUACUUUUGAUUUUACUCAAGAUACGAUAGAAGAUAGGUAUGAAGAAGUAUGUGCAUAAAUUAGAGGUUAGAGAAUUAAGGAUUGGAGUUAACCUAUUAGAGGUUAGGAUAUAGUAUCAUCCCCCAAAAAACUUUGGUUAAUUCGGGAUCUAAAUAGUAAAACUCAAUGGUCGUAUGGUAGUGUGAACACAAAAGUAUAGCGUACUCCUAGCGCACGCUAGCUUGAACUAUAUAUAUAUAUGGUGCCUUCUACGGUACCCUGGGUGAAAUCUGGGGUACCGCAUACCUUGAGUAUGAAAACGCUAUCUAAACCUCGAAUUAGCAAUAUUUUUGGACAUGAUACUAUACCCUAACCCUUAAUGAGUGAACCCUAGGUCCUACUUAUCUAAAUCAUAAACUAUAAACCCUAAGAUGAUGCAUUGAUUUUUUUGCCUAUAUUUGGACGAAUCAUAACGGUCGAUUAUUGUUUCUAAUUAAAUUGAUUUUGGGGCAUAAGAUUUAGAUAAUUAACACAUAGAUUUUGAUCUUUAAGGGUUAGAGUAUAGUAUCAUGUCCGAAAGAUCAAUCAAUUCAAGUUCUAAAUAGCGUUUUCAUACUCAAGGUAUGCGGUACCCCGGAUUUCACCCUGGGUACCGUAGAACUCCCGGUGGUUCAGGCUAGCGUAUGUCAGUCGUACAUUGUACGCCCGUCGAGUUUUACUAUUUAGAGCACGAAUUAACCGAAAUUUUGGGCAUGAUACUAUACCCUAACCUCUAAUGGGUGAACCCCAGUCCCUAAUUCCCUAACCCAAGCCAUGAGAUUCAUUUAUUCUAAAAAAUAAUAACUGACGGUUCUGAUUUAGCGAAAUAUAUCGAAGUGUACAAAUCAAGUGUGAACACAGGUGUACAACGUACGCCUGACGUAUGCUAGCCUCUGCCAUAUAUAUAUAAUGUGUGUGUGGUUUUGGCUGGCGUACGCUAAACAUUAGUGUUUCGGUUAACAAAUUUUGACAUAAGUUAUAAAUGGGACGUGAAAGUGACAUCAUUUAUGAUUAGAAAACCGAAGCAUCACAAGUAGGUGUGCUAAAUAUUGGGAAUUUUCAAUAUAAACAUACUACAAACUCUGUUAAAAAUCAAGAACAUAAAAUAUUUAGAAAAUAAAAAAUAAUUUAGACAUUUAAAUACGUUGAUUAAUAUAAAUUAUAAAAUAAAUCUCACCGGCCAACGGGCCGGAUAAAAAGCUAGUGAAAUAUAUAGAAAAACGGGCUACACCCAAAACCGUUGCCAUACCGCCCAUUAGGGCUGGAUUUUCGGUUAGAUCGGUUAUAACCGAUAACCGAAAUGUCGGUUACCGGUUAACCGCGACGCCAGCAGUGUCUACCGCCAACCGCCCGACGGAAACCAUCGGUUAGCCGACAACCGACCGGUCGGUUACCGGUUAGUUGCUCGAUUAACCGUGGUAACCGCAACUUCCUUCCGCCCUUCUUCUUCUCUGCAAGACAAUCCAAAAGCAGAGGAGCUUCCUCUGAAAAACUCCGCUCCCUCACCCCACACAAAAAAUUCCGCCAAACGCGGCCUUACCCACUUCUCCUCUCCCGCCAUAGAUUCCACCUCCUACUUCUUCCUCUUCUCCUCUUCAAAAAAGCUUCCAUCUUUCUCUCUUUCUCUGCGGAGACCCAACAAAUUAAUGCUGCUACUGCUGCUCUGAAAUUCUUGUGAGAACCGAGAUAAAAAUGGCUUUCCAAGACCACAUGUCGCAAGAAAUGGGCUUCCAGCCGCCGCCGCCGCUCUCCGCGGCCUCCGCAGGGCCUUCGUGGCUGAACAGCGCCGUCCUCCGCCGCGGCGACGGCAGCGACAGGAGCGAGAACGACAACAACAACAACCACCACCACCACGGCGGCGGAGGUGGGGAAGAUGAGCUUCUGGACGGCGGCGGGGGAGUGGGGGAUUGGGAGAGGGCGAAAUGCAAGGUAACCGAGUGGCGCUGGGGCACGGAGAAGACAGAAGGCCGAUGGCGGCGGCGGGGGUCGCGGCGGAGGUUGCUGCGGGGAAGGAUUUGCGGCGGCGGACUCUCGCUGGCGGCGAGGACUGGUGUGGGCGUCGAUGCAGAGAAGGGAAGGGAAGGAAGAAGUUUGAUUCUGCAAAUUGGGGAUGGAAGACGAAGUCGAAGUCGAAUUAGGGUUUUGGUGAAACGCUGAAGAGUGGGCAGCUGGGCGGCGUUUUGUGGGGGGGGGGUUGGCCGUGUCGGUUAGCCGGUUAACCGGCAGUUAGAUCCGUCGGUUAGCCGGUUAACCGCCACCUCCAAUAUCCCUACCGAGCACCGCCCACGUACAUUUUUUUCGGUUAGUCGGUUAACCGGUAACCGGCGGUUAUCGGUUUAACCGGCCGGUUAACCGAUAACCGCUAACCGAACGGCCACCCUACCGCCCAUACCUACGGAGGAAUUAUUUAUGGUCUACCGGUUUCAUUAAAUAGCUGCUACAGCAUCUACCGCUUUAUGGCCAAAAGGGCUGCCAGUCGCAGCUGGCUUAUUUGCGGAACGAAAUAAAGAGCAGUACUCAAUUGGAUACACAAAAAAGUCUUUGGCUUCUGAUGGAUACGGCAGUUUGCGGUUGGAUUUAAUGCCAAAAUGCCAUUUUCUUUGUAGGCUCAAGUAAAGUAAACUGUGGGUGGGUUUUGACUUUUAAAGCUCAUUGGCCGUGGCCAGUCAAGACUGAGUCAUCGGUCGCGAUUUUGCGCUACUUCAACUUCCUCCAUUACCACAUCAAGCAGUUAUGGUGUCAGGGAUGAAUCUCUUUAUCUAUACUAGUGUAAGCCCGCUCGUUAUCGUUUUGCGUGUGAGCGAGGAUGUGAUAUUAAAAUUAUUAGUUUAAAUUUUGACUCAAAAGUAAAAAGCUUGUCAUCUACAACUCCAUGUAGUCGACGCAGAGAUGAAAUUUAAUAAGGGAGAAGGGCCGUUGAGCAAAUUAUUUAUAUGUUUAAGUUGUAAACACAGGGUUCAAGUUGUUUUGAUCAUAUUGAAUAGGUUGGAUACCCAUAGACCAUAGGUUUGUGUGCUCAAAAGCGGAUAAAACUCGCUCCAUACCAAAAACUUCACAAACACCGAGCUCAACUCACCUUGACUGGUUUCGAAAUGAGUUUUUAACAAUUCACAUUCGGCACAACAUGCCAAUUCCAAAAGUAGAUAAAAACGCACUCUCGAUACAAAACUCGUUAGCCCCGACUGUGGGUUCAAUUGCCAUUCUUAACCAAAAGGAAAAGGAGAAAUAAAAAACCAUUAAAGCGGACAAAACUUACUCUCGAUCCAAAACUCGUUUAGCUCGCUCUAACCCGGUCGAAUCGAGUUCUUAACAAAUUCACACUUGACCCAACCUGCCAACUACAAAAGCGGACAAAACUCGCUCUCGAUAUACAAAACUCGUCAAGACCAUGGAUUUGGGGUUCAAUUGUCAUUCUCAACAAAAGGGGGGAAAUUUUUAAAAAAAAAUACUAAUGUUGGAUUUGAGUCGCUUUGAAAUCGUCAAGACCCUGAGUUUGAGUUCAAUUGUCAUGCUUGACUAUAAGGAGAAAGAGAAAUAAUUAGAAAACAGUAAAGAAUAUGAAACUCGAUCUCAAUACAAAACUCGAUCGGCAGCACAUAGCAUAUUUAAUAUGGAUUUUCGGUAGCAGUCUUGGGACACGGUGGAUGGGUACAACUUAAGAUUCGACCAAUAGUGUUUGGAGAAGGGUUGUGAAUUUAGUGGGCGAAGGCAAGGAUUGUGCAUAAUAGAUAUGUUAUGGAUAU